AUGAGUACUGACAAUUCUUUAACGAUUAUCUACUCAAAAGGUGGCCACAAGUUCGAGAUCUACGUAGAUCGUGAAAAAUACCCUGAGUUUCUGAAAGGUCACAAGACAUUCGAGGAAAUCAGUUUAGGUAACGUAAUUUUCAAUGAAACAAAGGGCCAACUCUCUGAAGAGACAUAUACUACUAUUUUUGGCACAGCUGACGAAAUGACUAUUUUGAAAACGAUUGCAAAGAAUGGAGAGCCGCAAUACACAGUCCAACAGAGAAGGAAACUAGUCGAAGAAAAGAGAAAGCAGAUCAUAGAGUACAUCACGAAAACGUACAUUGAUCCGAAAACCAAUCUUCCACAUCCUGCAUCUCGUAUUGAGAAUGGGAUGAGUACAAUUAAGGGAUUAAAAAUUGAUCUGAACCAAUCAGUGAUCAAACAAGGAGAUGAUAUUGCUAAGCAGCUGAAGUCUAAGAUUCUUCUUGUUAAGAAUGAAACUCAUGGAGUGCUCCAUAUCGAUAUAGCGUAUUAUCUAAGCCCCUUUACUACUUAUGUUUAG